AUGGCGGGCGUUCCGACCGACUCGGGCGACCCGCCCGCGCCGCACCGGCGCCCGCCCGCGCCGCACGCCCACACCGCCGGAUCGUCGGACUCCCUGGCCGGCGGCCCGGUGGCCGGCAGCACGGCCAUCCCCAUCCCCCGGCGCAAGGCCCCGGCGCCGCUGCUGUCCACGCUGCUCGCCUGCUCGGCCGAGUCCGGCUUCCUGGCCGAGGAUCCGCCCCUGACGCCGUGCCACCGGUACCCGGGGCUCAUGUCGCCGGCCGACUGGCUGCCGCCGGCCCUGGGCCCGGGGCCGACCCCGACCACCGGCUGGCCGGGAGGCGGCCUGCCACACGGGCCCCCCUCACUGCCAGACUCGGUGCUUUCCACCCCGGGGACGGUGCUGAUCCGCCGGGGCCCGGCCGGGCCGGGGGGCUUGGCGCCGCAGACCCCGCGCCUGGCCACCCUGCCUCCGGGGCCGGGCCAUGGUCCGGCCGCCGGCGAGCCCCUCUUCAUGCGCAUGCACCAUCUCCGGGUGCUGGAAACGCCGGAUCUGGCCUUCGGCCGGGCGCCGGCCAUCUUGCCCCACCCGGCUGCCGAUGAGGACGCCCUCUCGCCGCGGCCGCCGCCCGGGGCCAGCCUCUCGGACCUGCCGUCCAGUCUGCUGGCCUUCCCGCCGGCCGUGCUGGAGCGCGCGGCCGCGCCGGCCGACGAUCCGACCCCCCGGUGCCCCGGCUGUCGGGCAGCCAGGCGGGCCUCGCUGGACGCGUGCGCGCCGCCGGCCGGGCCCGGCAGCCCGGCCCCCGGCCCCCAGCCCGAAGCCGCGGCCGGCUACGACGACGAUGGGUUCCCGAUGCCGGAUCCGCUGGCGGCUCGGACGGGCGGCGGCGGCGGCGGCGGCGGCGGCGGCGGCCUGUCGCGCAGCCACUCGGCCUGGUCAGAUCUCGGAUCGCCAUCGGUGUCACGCUUCUCCUCGCCCAACCACCUCCUGGGCGACAUGACCCUCUCGGAUGAGAGCGAUCUGGACCUGCUGCAGCGGGGCCUGCUCCUGUCCCCGGCGGCCGGGCUGGCCACGCCCUUCGGCGCGCGGCCGGGCGGGGUCUCGGCCGGGUCCUCGGUCGGGCGGACGCUGCUCUGCUCGCCCGGCGCCCCGGCCGGCGUCUUCCCGCUCAAUGACCCGCCCUCACCCGGGUCACUGGGGCCGGCCGGCGGCCGGCUCUUUGACGAGUGGUCCUCCUCGCCGGAGCCGGCCCCGGCCCCGGCCCCGGCCGGCGGCGAUGGCCCCCGGGCUGUGCCCGGCGACCCGGGGCCCGAGCUGAUGCUCCACCCGGGGGCCAUGGCUGACGGCCCGCCGGGCCCUGCGGAUCUGAUGCUGCAUCCGGCGCUGUCGCCCAAGCGGCCCCUCUGCACGGCCUGCCACUCGGCCGACCUGCCGGCCCCGGCCGAUGCAUACACCACGCUCACCGGGACGCCGAUUUCCAAGUCCACCGCUCAGAAGGUCCUGGCCGCCAAGGCUUACUUCGCCACGCAAUACUCGCAGCAGCUCCAGUAUGCCACCCGCCGCCACGAGCGCCGCGCCGCCCUCGAGGAAGUCAUGUCUGAGAACCAUUUCACCGAAGAGCAGCGGGCCGAAUUGCGCCUGCGCCUGCAGCACUACGAGACGCGCAUGCUGCGCCUGGCCCGGCGCCGGCCGAAGGUCUCGGAAUAUCGCUUCCUCCGGCAGAUCGGCCGCGGGGCAUACGGCCGGGUGUUUCUGGCCGUGGACGAGUCGCUCGACCAACAGGGGGCCGACCCCUCCGGCGAGGGGGGCACCCCCAACAUCUGCGCCAUCAAGCGCAUUCCCAAGCCCCGGCUCGGGGACGAGUCGCAGGUGUCGGCACUCAUCGCCGAGAAGCAAAUCCUCAGCUCGCUGUCGCACUCGCCGUGGCAUGUUCGCCUGCAUGGCACCUUCCAGGACGACCGGUAUCUGUACUUCGCCAUGGAGUUCGUCCCGGGCGGGGAUCUUCGCGGCCUGCUGGAGGCCCUCGGGUGCCUGGAGCAUGCGCAUGCGGCAACCUAUGCGGCGGAAAUGGUGUCGGCCGUGAGCGCCCUGCAUGCGCAUGGGUUCUUCCACCGCGAUGUCAAACCGGAAAACUUCCUCAUCUCGGCGGCCGGGCACCUGAAGCUCACGGACUUCGGCCUGUGCAGCGUGGCCACCGUCGACGGCUAUGUCCGGGAAAUGGAGCAGCGGCUUGCGGCACGGCCUGCCCGGUCGCCUGGCCAUGCGCGCACUGUCUCCCUGACGCCGAUGGCCGUGCGCGAAAUGGCCACCCCGCUGACGUUGCGGUCAUCGCGCUGGGGCCCGGCCGGGCGCACGUCCUUCUCACUGGUGGGCUCGCCCAAUUACAUGGCUCCGGAGCUGCUGCAGCGCGGCGCCGGAUACGACUACCUCGUGGACUACUGGGCCAUCGGGUGCAUCUUCUUCGAGCUGAUUUAUGGCUUCCCCCCAUUUACGGCUCCCAGCCCGGAGGAGAUCUUCGACAAGGUGGUCCGGUUCUCCGGGCGCCUGUCACCGGCGGACUUCUCCGUGGAUUCGGCCAACGAGGAGGACCCGGACGCCGGCCCGGUGGGCCUGUUUGUCGACGCGUCGGAGGCCGAUGCCCUGGACUCGGUGCGCGCGCAGCGGGCCCGUUGGGUGGCCAUGCUGCAAGCCGGCGGGCCCAAUCCCCUCGGCUGUGAGCCAAGCGCCCCGGCCGAUGCCGGGCCCGAUGCCUGGGAAGCCGACUGGCUGGAGGAACUGCACAAUCGCCUGGAGGCCGUGCGCGCCUGGCAGCUGAUUCAUGCCCUGGUGGCUCUGCCCGAGGAACGCCUCGGUCGCGGCAAGGCCGGCCUCUUGGCCCUGCAUGCGCUGCCCCUUUUCGCGGAUAUGGACUUUGGCAAGCUGCUCGAUGCAGAGCCUUUGUUCGUUCCCCAGCUGGCAGGGCCCUUGGACACAUCCUAUUUCACAGCCCCGGCCGGGGAGGAGACAGACCUCAGCGGGCAGGGCCUCCUCGGGGAGGGCCACGCCGCCACUUCGGCGCCCGGGCACGGCCCGCCGGCGUCACCGCCUGCACAGGCCCCGCUCACCCCCCAGGGUGGCCAGCACCGCAAGGUCAUCGCCUCAUUCAACACCAUGGUCUGGGAACGCCGCGGAGUCGGGGGACCGGCCGGGUCUGGCAGCAGUCGCGACUUGUGGGCCGGUGUGCCGGCCGCCGCGGGGGCCGCCCAGCUGGACGCCCAGCCUGGCGGUUCGGCGGCUGCCAUCCCCGGCGAGUCGGAUCUCCUUGCGCGGGCCAUUUCCCUGGGCGACCUGAUCGGCAGCGACUCCGAACUCUUCCGGGUCCCGGACCAGGGGGCCCCGAUGGGCGUGGCGGCCGCCGGUGCGGCGCCGCUGCCGGCGGCCACCACGCCGGACACCGCCAAGCCCCCCCGGAAGCAGGCCCGCCACUCGUCGUCCCCCUCCUCUUCCGACAACAACGACGACGAGGGCGGCGACGCCACUGACAAUGGCAACCAUGCGGGGGGUGCUUCUCCGCUGGCCGGAGGGUCGUCACCGCGCUGA